CUUAAACCUUACAAACAAAUGAUACCAAAACAACCAACCCGAAUAAACCCACCAACUGAACAAAAACGACAUCUCUAUAUCAUGGUUCAUUUCCAAUGCAACGAAACGACAAAAAAAUCAUCUCAUAAUGGGAAAACAGCUCCCCGCAUUCAAGUUAAUAUCUCAACAAAAAUGAUAUUCUACAAACAUAAUACAUACACCAACAGAAAGCUAACCAAGAACAAAACACAACCAACCAAACAAAAUACAGCCAAACACGAACAAAUUAACAACCUCCGAAAUACAUACAAUAUCAACAUAAAACAUACCUGACC